GGUUGAGACUCCAGCUGCCCCAACUUAUUCUGCCGAAUUCCCGUAGCAUUGCAGUGAGGUUCGCUGUUCCACCACCAAGUGAUUCAAUCACCAGUUUUCGGCCCGGUAUACUUGAGGUACGUAAACACGAUGUCUCUAGCUCCAUUCACUUACAUGCUUUUCUACCCAUCGUCGGCGUUUUGUUCAAUCCAGCUCUGAAUUGGAACUCGCUGGAUCCACUUGCGUUGGGGGUGAGAAAGGAGGGUUAUCCUCCGGCGCUCGGUAAAUUUAAGUUGUCACCAAUCCACCUGAUCUUGCCUUGUCGCGAAAUCAUCUUGCAGACGAACCCCUCAUUCUCAUCCUCUCUUCCCAACUCUCUAUUCUAUUAAGUUCCCUUCCACAAUUCCUCUACCAUGGCCCUCGCCGCUCCCAGCACGGACCCGGCGGUCCUCAUCGCCCAGGAAACUAGCGAUGAAUACACCUUCCGCAGUUUCACAGCGGAAACAGCCUGGACCCUAGGCGUCGCUCUGCGCGAGCGGCUUCUUUCCCUUCCUCAGGGCCAGCGCAAGCCCGCGCUAAUCUCCAUUUCGCUGACCAAUGGGCAAGUCGUCUUCCAAUGCGCGACCGAGCCUGGCACGGUCCUGGACAACGAGACUUGGGUGCGCCGCAAGCGCAACACGGUGCUGCGCUGGGGCGUGUCGAGUUGGGCCAUGCGCAUGAAAAUGGCAGCGGGACUCGGUGGGGUAGGUGUUGCGGCGGCGGAUGAGGUCGAGGCGACGUUUGUGAAGAAGUUUACGCUGGUGAGCUCCAAUGGCGGAGCCGUGGCGGAUGACUACUGCAUUCAUGGGGGCGGUUAUCCUGUUCGGGUGCGUGGCGUCGAGGGGUUGGUUGCGAUUGUUGUGGUGAGUGGGUUGAAGCAGGAGGACGACCACGCGGUCGUGGUCGAGACGGUGAGGGAGGUUGUUGCCGCACAAGGGGAGUAAAAAAUGAGAGGAAGGGAGGAUUAUCAAACAUGGUGAACUUCUUGACACCUUGAGUCACCUAAAAUUCAACCGUUUUGACAAAACACGGGGACUCGGACGACACCGUCUCCCUCCAUAUCCAUAUCGU